AUGUCUUCAACGAGGUCAACGCCCCCGCCGCCUUACACGGGACAUAGUUCACGGCGUGACAACCAGUCAGUAGCCUCCAUUCAAUCAUCCGGUUCAUCCUCUUCACGAAGCAGUCGUUCGCACGCCCAUCCCGCAGUCGAGUCUGCAGUCACACGUCUUCUUGUAGCCAUCAAACAGCUCCUCGAGUCCCUCACCCAAUGGAGCACCGGAAAAAUGGACGAGGCCCAGGUGAGCGACGUCUACGUCCGCCUCGGGAAUGACUUCAACGCGGCCGUGGCUGCGUUUGCUGCAUUUAACAUCGAUAUGUCAGACCUCAUGUCCGUGCCCGAAGACCUACGAGAGGUCCUUGAAACCUGCCUAGCAGAGGAAGCCACGGCAGACAACCUCAACGUGUAUCUACCCACAGUGCGCAAGAUUAUCACCAACCUCCUUCAGGGUCUCCGCGGCAAGCAGUCCAUGUACCGUCGGAUCGUGUCGGAGCAUCAGAGCCGACACCGGUCGUCGCACUCGCGGACGGACAGCCGCUCGUCCAAGUCUGACAAAGCCUCGCGGCGCGAUGAAGAUUCGAGACAUCGGUCGCAGCUUUCACGUAGUGUAGUUGAGGAGGAGGAUGGUGGGGAGAGGGAUAGCAUAGCGAGACGAUCAGCAAGGUCAUCAGCAAGACGACAAGAUCCGAGGACAGAGACCCCUCCGCCCCCAUCUCCACCACCCGUGUUCCGCGAACCUGACGAUGAAAUACCCCCUAAUGAAAAGACAAUCACGAGCGGUGUAAAUGGACACGCCAAUCGAGGCUCAGGGCCGCCUCAGGCACGACAAUCGCAGCGUGUAUACAAGUCUAAUGGGGAUGCGCUUUCAAGAGAAUCGUCUGAGACCUUGGUCGCAUCUUCCAUCGCAUCAACUCCAUCUCAUGCGCCACCCAACGAGCCAGAUAAAAAUUUGCCUCAAACACCACCUCAGAGUGUCCCUGUCCCUGCCUCCGUCAAGCGCUAUUCGCUCGUCGAUAGACCAGUCUCCUCGUCGCCUAAGUCACCCCCUGCAGUACUGAUAGAUGAAGCUCCUGCCCCUCCUAGCGAAAGCCCAUCACCCUCACAAACUCCGCCCAUCGACAGUUUGCAGGCACCUGCAGUCGCCAGCUCUCUGGCCGCGUUGAAGAAGAGUGAUGUGCUCGAGCGGCGUGCGUCGAAGCGCUUUUCGACGUACAACAUCACGAAAAUGACAGGCUCACGGGAGCGGUCAUCCAACCGGCGGUCAAUGGCAGUAGGAUCAUUACUGACGCCAGGGGAUCUAGCGGUUCUAACAGAAGUAGAUGAACCGGACGUCAACCGCUCCGGUAGCGGGCGGAGAAUGUUCCAGCGAACACCCUCGCCCACAGUCGAGGCGGAAGCAGCCCCUCCCGUUCCUCCACUGCCUCCGCUACCAGAAUCAGCCCGCUCCCAACGCGCUCGUACGGUGUCUAAGGUAGAAAAAGGGACGGACGAGUCUACGAUCUUUGAACAGGUACCUGAACCUGCUUUGCCGACCACGUUCUCAGUUUUCUUACAACUCGGACGAGAAGUCAAGAAGGUCACCAUUGAACCUGGUUUGUCCUUUUCGUCGUUGCGGAUGCUAUUCGUGGACAAGUUCUCGUAUAAUCCGGGUCUCGAGAAUUUCCCUGCGAUAUACAUUCGCGACCCCUCUAGCGGCGUGCAAUAUGAGCUGGAGGACAUUGAGGAGGUGAAAGAGAAAUGCCUACUAUCUCUCAACAUCGAACCACUCGAUCAAAUCAAGCAACACAUCGACAGUCAGAUAUCUACGCUGUCUAAUGACCUCAAAGAACUUCGCACCGCGAUUUCAAAUAACCGUCGAUCGUCCCACAUAAAUCCCAUCAUUGGCCAUGACUUCGUCGAGAGCACACCGAUGGCAGAUCGGCCAUCCGAAAGGCAAUUACAUAAUGUCGCGCGGAGGCUAUCACGCAUCGUGGGUGACGUGAGCUCGAGCGGCAAUCCAUUCAUUCUACCUCAGAUAACUGGACAGUCUCUCCAACUACAACCACAAACGACGGGGGCCUCGGUGAUGUCCGAGUACUCCAACCGAGUGGUGAACGAUCUGAAGACGCAGUUCGACGAGGUACAGAACCUGCGACGUGAUCUAGGAAUCAUGAGGCAGUUGUACACAGAGUUUAUGAAGUCCACGAAGGAUUCGUUGGGCGCUUUGCGGACACAGACGCAGUCCGUGAAGCAGCUAGCGUCCGUCAAAGUUGGCGGCGCACGGGGCUUCAUAGAUCAGGGGAAGACGAAGUUGGACACGCGGAGUCAGAACGUGCUGACGAAGGUGGAAGAGCUGCAGGAUACGGUGGAGGCACUCCGAGAUGACGUUCUCAAGCGCCAUAUGUCACCCAAGCCUCAGUUAGUGAAGCAGAUCCAGGAGGACAUCGCUUCCACUGCUACAGAGCUGGCUAGUCUUAAAGAGCACAUCGAUACUGUCAAGCCGAUGUGGAAGAAGACGUGGGAAGAGGAGCUACAGAACAUUGUGGAGGAACAGGGCUUCCUCGGUCAUCAAGAAGAGUUUAUGAACGAUCUCCUCGAGGAUCACAAGGCUUUGGUGGACGUUUUCGGGCAUGUUGAGAAAGUCAUUUCUAUCCGCGGUACCACCCCUGGACGCAGUAACAGAGGCCGUGGAUUCAAGCCUCUUCCGGCAGACGAAGGCCAUACUGGCCUGAGUACUGUCAUGAUGGAGAUUCGGGGCGCGGCGGUUGACCCGGAACGGCGGAUGAAAGCAAUCGAAGCUAACCAGAAAAACCGGGAACGAGAAAUUGCAAGCCGGUCUGACGAAUUCCAGGAGGAGCUGACAGGAUUUGUGGGUGGCAAGAGAUUGCGAAUGACAGGCGGAGCAGAAGAGGUGGAUAGAGUGCGACAGAGAAGGAAUGAGCUCGCGCUAAAAGCGAUGUUCAACAGCGCGUCGGCGUCUGUUGACAACUUAUCAGGUUUUCCGACAUCCCCGAGUGCUGGCUGA